AUGGUUAAAAAUACUACUUCUCCAAUAGGAAAUCCAGCUACAGCUCCUGUUCUAGUGCAAAAUGUAGAAAACAUUAUUUCAGAGCAAAAUCCAGUACUAGCUCCAGAAGAUAAUGAACCAAGUGAUUCAGAAUAUGAUACCGCUGAAAAAGAACUGGAUAUUUAUUUUGAAAAAAUUAAAAACCCUUAUAUUAAUAGAAAAUCAGAAGUAGAAAAAUUUAAUGAAGGUGAGGGGUAUUAUGCCGAAGAUAAACUAUUAGCCUUCUUUGAAUCAAUCGAAGAAAAGAUUACUGAUAUUUACAAAAAAGAGUUAACUUUAAAAAGUGAAUUAAAGAUAGAAGAUGAAAUAUUACAAGAGUCAGCUUUAAAUAAACCUCAACUAGGAUUAAUUAAUUUACAAAAUAGAGAUGAUAUUGAAUGUUUUAAAUGGUGUAUAAAUGCAUAUCUCACAAAAGAGGAAGUAAUAAAAGCUAAUAGAAAAUCACACCAUCUUAAUGAAAUUCAAAGACUUAGACAAAAUGCGAAUAUUGCUAAUUUUAAUAAUAUAAAUUUUCUUGCCACACUACAUGAUAUAGACAAAUUUAAAAAAAUUAAUCCUAACUAUGCUAUUAAUAUAUUUAGGCCAGUUUAUAGAGAAACUUUCAGAAAAAUAAUAGUAGAUAUAGACCCAUUACAUAUUUUAGAAUGA